AACACGCACAAAAAUAUAUACAAACACGGAGAGAGGUAGAGAGAUAAAAGAAGAGAGAGAACAAGAACAACCACCAGCCUUGCUGUUUUCUCCUAAAUUUAUUAAAUUUUCAUUCUUCUCCCUCCUUUAAUCUAAUAAAUCCCCUUCUUCUUGAAUCUUUCCGCAAUUUAAUCAACCCCAUGUCGAAUUCCACACCGAUUCCGUUGUCUUUCUUUAUAAUCUGCGCCUUCUCGUCGCUUAUAGGUGCGUCGGCGUUGUCGCCAUCUCGGCCAGCUACGUGCCCUCUUCAAUCCAAGAUGUUUGUGUACAAUUUAAGGGCUCAAUCCCCUCUCUCGUUUGUGCCAACCCCACCUCUCCAGGUGGGUGGUGACUUCCUUGAGAAGGCGCUGAAUUCAAAAGAUGCAAAUAUGUACACUUCUGUACUAUUUUAUGCUUCCUGGUGUCCGUUCUCCAACGAUGUGCUGCAAAAAUUCGAGACAUUGAGUUCCAUGUUUCCUCAAAUGACCCAUUUGGCAGUUGAGGAAUCCCUAGUUAUGCCAAGCAUACUUUCUAGAUAUGGGAUACAUAGUUUCCCCACAAUUUUAAUUGUGAAGCAGACAUCUAAAACGCGGUUUCAUGGAACAAAAGAUUUCAACUCGCUUUUAGGAUUCUAUUGGAAAACAACAGGAAUUUUGCCGGUACAGUAUCUUGCUGCGGAUCAACCUGUUGCGAGUUUGGAACGCAAUAAAGAAUUUAUCAUGCAAUCAUGGGUUGGUUUAUCACCAACUGAGAUUCUAAGAAAGGAACCAUACUUGGUAUUGUCACUAUUGUUUCUCUGUUUAGUAGGCUUUACAUAUGCAUUCCCAAUAGUUUUGUCACAGUUCAAAGCUUUGUGGGUGUCUUAUGGGCCACACUUGAAUUUGGAAAUAUUUGGAGAGACAAGCCAGAUCCUGGGGCGGAUCCUUCAGAUAAUUAAUGUGAACAGGAUUUGGACCAAGUUAAAACUAUGCAAAACCAGAAACUUCCUUCACGGUGCAAAAAACGCCCGUGUGUGGGCUUCUUCCCUUGCUUCAGUCUCCUUGGGGAAAACAGCUUCAUGCAGAUCCUCUUCCUAAGAUGGAUAGAUAACAUGGUUUUGAUAGAAGGGUCGAGUAUCAUGCAAGAAUGUUAGAAAGAAAAAAAAAAAAGAGUACGAACAGCACACUAUCACACUCUUCUGUCCUUCCCUCCUCCGUGGAUUAGCCGUUUUCUUUAAUUUACUUUUUUGUCUUCUUUAUAAUUAUUCGACUAAGUUUGCAUGAUUCUGUCAAACCCUAAGUUAUCUUGAUGGUAGACAUGUCUGUUGUGUUUGAGUUGUGGCUGGGGGACAGCAUAGAAGAAACUUUGUAAAUGUAGACCAGGUACCUGUUUUUGUAUAUUAUCCGAUACAGAGCUACCCUUGUAUAAUUCCAUUAAUUAUUGGAGAUCUUUAAGUUUUACUACAA